UUUUUGUUUAUUUAGUUUUUUGAUAACAAAAUUGUUUUAUCAAAAAGUGAUAGCAUUUUGAAAGAAAUGAUCAUUUCAUAGAUAUUUACCUUUAAUUGUCUUCUCAUUUGACGUUCAAUUCAAUACAAAAAACACUGUUUUUUGAUAAUAAUUGCAAACAAUUACUUAAAUCACAGAUUUUUAUAUAAAUAAUUGAAUCCAUUUUUGCGUCAAAAUUAUGGCCGGAAUUAAAGGUUUGUCUGAAUGUCUUGUUUUGCCGAUUGUUUUGUUUGCCAUUUGUGUUGAUUGUUAUAACCAUUACAACCGCUGACGCAAUGUUUGUCUCAUUUUAUGUCUCAUCCAAACGACUACUUAUGGAAAUGAAUGCCAAUUAUAGCGUUGGUUUUAUUGGCAUUUCUGGGAUCUAUUGGUAUGACAUUAGUUGUGUUGGGCUGUGCUUUGCCUACAUUUGGACCUUCUUGGUGGCCAUUCUUUGUGGUGAUCUUCUAUGUGUUGGCGCCGUUGCCAUCAAUUAUUGCCCGAAGAUAUCAGGACGACGUCGGCUCCAGUAAUGCGUGCAAAGAGUUGGCGCUCUUCUUGACGGCCGGUAUUGUCAUCUCUGCCUAUGGACUGCCUAUUGUGUUGAGCCGAUCACCACUCACUCCCAGUGCUAUCAUAGAGCCGGGCGCUUGUGUUUUAGUACUGUUGGGAAAUACAGUCGUAUUUUUGACAAUUUUAGGAUUUUUUAUUGCUUUUGAUAACGAAGACGACGGCUAUAAUAUGUGGUAAUAAAUAUCUAUUCAUACGAAUGUAUUGUACAGUAAGUCACACGAGUUAUCACAUCGUGGAAGAAGUCAUUUCACUUCAAGACAGGUCACGAUUUGAAACCACUUUUCAUUCAAUAUUUAUUUUUUUGUUUGUUUUAAAGAAUUACUAAAUACGAAA